GGUGUGGCCAGGGACGCCGGAAGCGCCCGUGCGGCUCUGCAGACUUUGGGAGCCGCACCCCCUCGGACCAUGGCGACGCAGGCGAAGCGCGGGCGGGUGGCAGGGCCUGUGGGCGCCCGCGACCCGGACCUGGAUCCGGUGGCCGGCUUCUUGAGCUGGUGCCGGCGCGUGGGGCUGGAGCUGAGUCCCAAGGUGGCGGUGAGCCGGCAGGGCACGGUCGCCGGCUACGGCAUGGUGGCCCGGGAGAGCGUGCAGCCCGGGGAGUUGCUGUUCGCUGUGCCGCGGGCCGUGCUGCUGUCACAACACACCUGCUCAAUCAGUGGCCUACUGGAGCGAGAACGAGGCGCGCUGCAGAGUCAGUCGGGUUGGGUGCCGUUGCUGCUGGCGCUGCUGCACGAGCUGCAGGCCCCGGCCUCGCCCUGGACCCCCUACUUUGCGCUCUGGCCAGAGCUGGGCAGUUUGGAGCACCCCAUGUUCUGGCCCGAGGAGGAGCGCCGGCGGUUGCUGCAGGGCACAGGGGUACCUGAGGCCGUGGAGAAGGAUCUGGCCAACAUCCGCAGCGAGUACUAUUCCAUCGUGCUGCCCUUCAUGGAAGCCCACCCCGAUCUUUUCAGCCCCCGAGUUCGCUCCCUGGAACUCUACCACCAGCUCGUGGCUCUUGUGAUGGCCUACAGCCAAGCUCUCUAUGGCAGCUUUCAGGAACCACUGGAGGAAGAGGAUGAUGAAAAGGAGCCAAACUCCCCUUUGAUGGUGCCUGCUGCAGACAUACUAAACCACUUAGCCAGUCACAAUGCCAAUCUGGAAUAUUCUCCAAAUUAUCUUCGGAUGGUGGCUACUCAGCCCAUUCCUAAAGGCCAUGAGAUUUUCAACACUUACGGGCAAAUGGCUAACUGGCAGCUGAUUCAUAUGUAUGGUUUUGUUGAACCAUAUCCCAACAAUACAGAUGACACAGCUGACAUUCAGAUGGUGACAGUUCGUGAAGCAGCAUUACAGGGAACAGAAGUUGAAGCUGAAAGGGUCCUGCUGUAUGAACGCUGGAAUUACUUAUGCAAACUGGAGAUGGUAGGGGAAGAGGGAGCCUUUGUGAUUGGGCGGGAGGAAGUGCUGACUGAAGAGGAACUGACCACCACACUCAAGGUACUCUGCAUGCCAGCUGAAGAGUUCAGAGAGUUUAAAGACCAGGAUGGAUGGGGAGAUGAUAAAAAGGAAGAAGAUAGCCUGACAAUCACGAAUAUCCCCAAGCUCAAAAAAUCAUGGAGACAGCUUCUUCGGGACAGUGUUUUGCUGACCCUGCAAACCUAUGCUACAGAUUUAAAAACCGAGCAAGAUUUACUCAGUAACAAGGAGGUCUAUGCCAAACUCAGCUGGAGGGAACAGCAGGCUUUACAGGUUCGGUAUGGUCAGAAGAUGAUCUUACACCAGCUGUUGGAACUGACAGGGUAGCAGGUUCCCUGCUGCCUGAAGAACAUCCAGGAGAACUUAUUCUAAGUUAUUCAUUGAUGCUUGAAAAGGAAGAAAAUUAGGAUCUUUUGAUUAUUAAAUGCCAAAAGGAAAAAAAAAGAACCAAAGGUGGUAUGCUAGGAUUAACUGAGGUAAGGGUGGUAUGUUUAGGGAUUGGGAACCACUGCUGUCUGUCACCAAGACCAACCAAUACAUUUUACAGCUGUUUUGUUCUGUUUGAACCAAAGUGAGAACUGCAGUUAUGACAGGAAUAGGUCUUGUAUUUGAUGUUUAAUAACAUGGACUUUGAAAGUAGACCUGCUUAAAAUCUGGGUCUCUGAGCAAAUUACCUUUUUAAAAAAAGACUGUUUCAAAAGUGUUAGAGGGUUUAUAUGUAAGUUUUAAUUCCUCAGCAGUCGGAAGUUUGCUGUAGAUGGCACAACUCACCCUCAGGGAAGAAGAAACCCUAAGAUACCAUAUUCAAGCCCUGCUUAAGAUUUCUACUAUUUAUUUAAUCUUGAACCUUUUUGUCUUCGGGCCAUAAAACCUGAUAGCCAUUAAAGGGAAGGCUAAGUAUUAAAUAUAUACUUCUUUUAAAAAUUAUAUCAAAAUGAGGGAACAGGAUAUUUAAAAAUGGGCAUUUUAUAAUUAUUUAACUAUAGAAACCCACUCUCACAAUUUUCCACUAGUGACAAGGAACAGGAAGAAAUAAAUCACUUUAUCGCUUGUUUAAACAUGCCAGACUAGUUAGUAGUGGGGAAGAUCUACCAUUAGCAAGAAGCCGGUGUUCCCCAAAGGCCCCAGGCUUUGCAAGGGUGGGUUGUCCACGUCCCUCCUCACCACCAGCACUGGCUGCUGCUACUGAGAAAGGCACAGUGGACUCACAUGUGUGGCAUGACUUUUAAUGUUUGACUGCAGUAUGCACAUACAUAGAAGAAAAGAAGUAGGGGAGCUAAAAGCCCAGGAACUAGAAAGGCUACAAAAUACAACACAUGGACCAAUACAUUUACAAAACAUUCAAAAUCCUUACAAAAGGGGCUGUAUUGGUCCUUUUGACUUUUGUUCAACUGAGCCUGGGAUAAUGGAGAGCAAUUCAUACUAUUUGGUUCCCUUUCCUCACAGUUUUACAAGUUAUCAGGAGAGAUGGGGAGCUUUAGGCCUGGCCUGGUUUCCCUUUAUUUUAAAAAGAGCUGUGUCUCACAGGGCCCAAGUGGUAUGGUCUCAAGCAGUCAACUAUAGAUCGGGGGAGGAUGCAAAACAAAAACUCAUGGGAUUGCAAUUGUGAGCUCUACCAGGUUCCCUGACAUACCAAAUUCUAGCAUAACCACAUUUUUAAAAACUUUGAUUUUCAAGGUCCCCUGUCCUCAUUAAAAAAAUAAGUUACAUAAUAUUUAAACUGGCUUUUUUGCUAUUCUUUGGGACAUCAGGAAUGUCAGAAGAUAUGGAGCUAUGUCCCCAGACAAGCACAUGGCAUCAGCAGCUUCUUCAGUUACAAGCUGAGCAGGUACCAGUUUAUCUACUUGCCUUGGACACAUUUUGCACAAACCCAAGAAGUUCCAGACAAAGGUUUUCUCUGUCAUAUAUUUACACAAGUUCAAAAUGAUAUUCACAGCAUCUUCUAAAUUUUGGCCAAGAGUCAAAAAAUGCAUUUAAACUUUGGAACUUGCCCACAUAGACAGGAAGCUGACCCAAAGAGUAAUUGGGGCAGAUACCCGAGAACCAAAGGGCUGAGAACGUCAGGAAGAGCUGAAAUGAUUCUUCAGCCAGUUUAUGAACUUGGGACAGCCAGGCAACAGAGAUGAAGUUCCAUCUAACUGGCACCGGUCCCUUCCAUUACUUGUUGAGCCUGCUUCUGUCCCAUGCAGCACUGUGCAACCGACUGGAAUAACCUGAAGAAGAAGGGAGACAGUUACAGAAAAGUUCAGGCCUGACAAUAGCUUCUGUCUCAUUAGCUUUGGCAACUACUACCUUCUAAUCACCCACCCUGGCUGGACCCUUCAAAUUAUUCUCAUUCUCCUACAAUUAAAAAAUUUUAACUUAC